CAACACCGGCCCCGAGCUCCUUCUGCCCCCGCCCUUCGGUGUCCUACAGCGGCCUGGCUGGAGGAGGAACAGCGGAGGGUUAUUCCUCCAUCUGACACUGAGAGACGACGGAGAGGAAGCCCUGCCCAUCGUCUGGCUCCUGGUUUCACUUUCACCGCCUGCUCUGAACGACAGUCAUCUCACAUCAACAUCGUUUGGAUGUUUCCCUGCUCCGUCCACCAACGCUGCAGCAGGAGGAGGAUGCCUCAGGUCAAGCCCCAUCUCUGGUAUCUCCUCUUCGGCUUCUGCAUCUUCCUCGUGAUUGUGGGUGGACUCGUCUUCGUCGUCGCCUUGGCUCAGCUGUUCCCAUCGCAGGACGUCGCACAUGGAGGAAGCGAUUUUGAAGGCCAGACAACCAGUCACAUCAUCCUCUACAUCCAUGGCUCCGUUACCAUGGCGAUCGGCAUCCUGGGAGCCUGCGGAGCCCAUCAGAAGAACCUGAUGGUUCUGAACGCGUUCCUGGUGUGUACCGUCGUUGAAGUUCUGCUGAUGCUCCGAGCUGGAGUCUAUGCUGCUGAAGACCGACCCAAGUUGGAGAUUGUGGUGGAGGAAAGGUGGCGUUCGUUUCUUCCACUGGAUCAGGCUUCAGACGACGUCAAGAAACGGGCUGAAGCUCUGCAGACAUCACUGCACUGCUGUGGUCUGUUCAGUUCUGAGGACUGGGAGCAGAACAUCCCCGACUCCUGUUUGUGCAACCAGGAGGAGACGACGGAGGACAAGUGUCAGUCAGUCAGCUACAGAAACUUCCUGUUUAACCUUUUCUGGCAGAAGAAGUCCGUCUUCAGACAGAACUGCUUCCCCUUCAUCGUGGACUCUGCUAGAACCAAUGCUAACGUCACACUGGCCGCGGCCUUCACUGGGCUCGCCCUGGCGCUGCUGGGCUUGGUGCUGUCUUCACUGAUGAUCUACCAGAUCAACACCUGCAAUGGCCCGAACGCGGCGCCCUUACCCGUGAUGUUCGUCGACCAACCGCCUGCCUACCAGCGCCUGUAGACCGCCAUCACCAUCGAAACCAAACCACGAAGCUUCAAAUAUUCCUGCUGCUGCUGUGAAGGGGACUGGGCUGUUACUGCAUGUUGAGAACCAUCGAGCGUCACAAUCAAAACGAGAUACAAUUCAGCAACAUGGAUCAAAUCCAAAGAGGUCUGGGCUGGUCCAGAUGAUCCGAGUCCUCGGGCUCAUAGUGACAAUUUCUGCUGCAUUUGAAAUGUAGAAUCUUGAAUGUUAUAGAAAACAUAUUGUUCAUGGCUUCAUGCCAACGCUAACAGGCUCCUACACGAACAGGUCAAUGAAUUAAUCGAUGAAUCGGCUGAUUGUUUCAGCUGCAGAACGUCACAUUUUUGUCUGAGAUGAGGUUUGACCAUCACCUGUACCUGAAUCACCUGUAGACUCUCGGAUACUUCCACUUGGACUUUGGCUUGUAGAUUUGUGUAUUUUCCCUGAACAAAUAAACCGUAAACGUUC